AUGGAACUUCCAUAUUCAUAUUCAUCAGCCACAGUUCCCUUAAGCUCUUGCGCCAGGGGCUGGGUUGAUCGAAUCAGCAACAUCUUCCGCAAAGAAAUUGCCGUUGACAUCGAUCAUCUCCCUCCCGUUUCUGUUUUUGAAGUCCCCAAAACGCUCAGCCUUAAAAAGCCUGAAGCUUAUACUCCUCAGCUCAUAGCCAUGGGGCCGUACCAUCAUUUACGCCCCGAGCUCUAUCAGAUGGAGAGGUACAAGCUCGCUGCCAUCAAAGAGAUCUCAACCCCGGAGCAGAUUUCCAAUUUCCAACACAUCGUGAUCAACAGGUUGAAGGAGAUAGAUCCCUCUAUCCGGGCUUGUUACAAUAAGUUCAUGGACUAUGAUCAAGAUACGUUGGCGUGGAUCAUAGCAAUAGACAGUUGUUUCUUUCUCCACAUCUUGCAUUCUUAUCUUGUGCAAGAUGAGACCACGGACAGGAGACUGUUGGACAACACUAUUGUCACGAGAGAUAUCAUGAUGCUUGAGAAUCAACUCCCAUUUGUUCUGUUGAAAGAGAUUCGCAAGUCUCUUCAAGUCUCUCCUAAUUCCAAUGAUCAGGGGGAAGAAGAUGAUAUUGAGUUGAUCUCAAUGUUAUUUCAAUUGUGUGAAGCACAAUCUCCUGUUAAGUUCUCUAUUGAUAAGACCAACAAAUGCCGUUACCGUAGACCUCUGCAUUUGUUAGAUAUGAUGUAUCAUAUGGUUGUUAAUGUCCCAGGUCCUGCCGUGUCCGGAUGCUUAGUAAAUGGUCCCAUUCAAGUCGUGCCAACUUAUACAGAAUUCAGGAACUCAUCGACCUCUUCAUCCUCGUCCUUCUCGACUGAUAAUGAAGAUCCAGACGUGGCUCACAAUAAUGUGGAAACACUCUUGGACUUGGUGGAGACCAUUGGUCCUAAGCAUACCCAGCGAUUUCUUAGCCCUGUUAAGUUUGUCUCGAGUAUUCCAUGGUCAACUAUUUCUGGGCUGUACAGAAAAGGCAACCUGGGUACUGGAGAGCAAAAUUCAGAACAUGAUGAAAUCGAAAUUCCGUCGGUAUCUCAUCUCUGGCGCUAUGCUAAAGUGCAAUGCAAACCCUUCAUUGGGAGCAUUCAAGAGAUCAAGUUCGUGGAAGAGGAAGCCGCUUUGUACCUUCCUGUAAUGAAUUUGAACGCGAGCUCAGAAGUGAUAAUGAGGAAUCUGGUGGCUUACGAGGCUGCUAUGUGUAAGUCAACCCUUAAAUUUGCUCGAUACGUCAACCUCAUGAAUGGGAUUAUAGACACCGCAGAAGACGUGAAGCUGCUGAAGCAAAAUGGGGUGAUCAAGGCGGCUCUCACGGAUGGUGAAAUUGCUGAUCAAUUCAACGGUAUGCAGAGAUGUUAUGCCGGCUCAGAUCACAAGUCUAACAUCGAGGUUGCCGUUGAGAAAGUUAACAAAUUCUACGGCAAGAAGCUUUUGGUCAGGACGGUUAGAGGGUUGAAGAAGAAUUUGUAUGCUUCAUGGAAAUGUCUGGCCCUGGUUUCCACUGGCGCGCUGCUGGUCGUGCUUGGCCUGCAGACCUUUUGCGAUUUCUAUCAGUGCAGCAAACUCUGGAACUUCCACCAGGGAUCGUCAUGA